GCUGUCAAACCGAACUCAUUGUUUCUGAAUUCUUUGACCCAAACAAAAUUGUUCAACAAUCAAAAAUCAAUUUUCAACGAACGAAAUAAGCAAAAAAAAAUGUCCAAUUUCGAUGAGCGAUUAUUAACGGCGAAAAUGCGGCUGUGUGUGGCAUUGGGCGAUACAUCGAUGAAGACAUAUUUUUCAAAUUUGAAAUUGUGGUUCCGGAAAGUGUGGACAAAGGAGCAAUUCGACUUUGAAUGCCGCAAACUGCUCAUGCCGGAUCAAAGACAUUUGCAUAAUGAGUUUUUUCUGGCAAUUUUGAACAAAAUAACAUUGCCAGUGCAAUCAGAUCAAGCGUCCAAAAAUAUCAGUGGAAAGAAACGAAAGCGUCGAACCGGCAGCGAGCGUUCAAUCUUCGAGCCGAUUGAUUUAUUUGACUAUUUGCCGGAAGAGAAUGAGGAAAUAAAGGCACCAAGUACACCAUUGCAUCAACCGAGAUUCGCUGUUGAAGAGCUCUUCCUACCAGACACCGGACUGAUUCUCGGAAGACUUUUGGUCGUUGCAUGGGAAAAUGGGCUGACCAACGCUGAUGAUGACAUUUGCGAAAUGCUCGUUAUGGCCGUGCAGAUUUUGCUGAAGAAUAUUUUAACGGCAAUUAUAAAAUCACGGAAAAAUUAUCGUAGCACAAAUUUUGGGCGAUUCUUUUAUGAUGUUGGUUGUGCGUACAAAGACCCGUACACACGAAAUACAGCGACCAGACAGAUUAAUGAUGAUCAUCCAUUCGAAGUUGAUAGAGAAGUGUCUUCGACCAGUCUUUUGCACCGCACAAACGAUGAUUCGUUCUUUUUGGCCGCGUGUGAAAAUGGCCAUCAAACGCCUGUCAACGGACGCGUCACUAUGAAAGAUUUAUACGAGGCACUUCAAGACAGAAAUCUCAUCCCAUGUCAUUCCGUUUAUGCCAACAACAUCGAACGUAUCUCUCAACUGUUGAACUAAGAUUAGAAUAGGCUGUUAGUUUCGAAUGAUUUUACCAAUUUGACAUUCGUCAGAUUAGAUUUAAGUUUGUUUAUCCCUAAAAAUAAAAAAGCAAAACGCAAAACAACGUCAAUAAAA